GAGCAACGCAACGCGACGCGCCGGCUCUGGGCGGGGCUGGUGCCCGGUGCUGAGGGUGACAGAGGCGCUGAGAAGAGGAGCCGGGGCCUCGCCGGGAUUUCAGCUAAUAAAAGAUAUUGCCGCAUCUACCUUGUGUCUAACAUUCUGGGACUGGCACAGCUGAAACAACUCUCUGCAUACCCAAGUGAACAGUGCAGAUCUGUUCUGAAAAGAUGUGCUCAAUGUGCAGUGGCAGUUAAAAAAGCUAACAUUAGGAAAGGAAUAUCUGUUGCUGCAGCUGUUUUGAACCUGCUGGAUAAAAUACUUUAGAUUGUGAAUAAAAGGGAUAAUUUACACUCCUGAAAAAUGGCAGAUUUUCAGAACUGUGACUCUUGCAUUUCAAGUCCACUUGAGCUGUUUGAAAGAGUGACUGCACAAGGAGAAAAAGUCAGAUCGCUGAAAGCAGAGAAAGCAUCAACGGAUGAAAUUGAUGCAGCAGUGAAGUUGUUAUUGUCAUUAAAAGUGAAGUAUAAAGCAGCAACAGGACAAGAUUACAAAGCUGGUUCUCCUCCAGUAGAUUUUUCACCAAUGAGUAAUAAUGGCCCCACUACCGCACUGGAUGAGGAUUUCGUAGACCCUUGGACGGUGCAGACAUCCAAUGCAAAAGGUGUAGACUACGACAAACUUAUAGUUCGAUUUGGAAGCAGUAAAAUUGAUAAAGAGCUAAUCAAUCGAAUAGAGAGAGUUACUGGAAAAACACCUCACCACUUUCUGCGCAGAGGCAUCUUUUUUUCUCAUAGAGAUAUGAACCACAUUCUUGAUGCAUAUGAAAAUAAGAAGCCCUUUUACCUUUAUACAGGUAGAGGUCCCUCCUCAGAUGCUAUGCAUGUUGGUCAUCUUAUCCCAUUUAUUUUCACAAAAUGGCUGCAAGAAGUAUUUAAUGUUCCGCUGGUUGUACAGUUGACUGAUGAUGAGAAGUACCUGUGGAAAGAUCUGACAAUUGAGAAAGCUUCUGAAUAUGCUGUGGAAAAUGCAAAAGACAUCAUAGCCUGUGGUUUUGACAUCAAUAAAACCUUUAUCUUUUCUGAUCUUGACUACUUGGGAAUGAGUCCAGGAUUCUACAAGAAUAUUGCAAAGGUUCAGAAGCAUGUUACAUUUAAUCAAGUGAAGGGGAUCUUUGGCUUUACAGACAGUGAUUGCAUUGGGAAGAUCAGUUUUCCUGCUAUCCAAGCUGCUCCAUCCUUUAGCUCAUCAUUUCCACAAAUCUUCAAAGACAAGAAAGACAUUCAGUGUCUUAUCCCAUGUGCCAUUGAUCAGGAUCCUUAUUUUAGAAUGACCAGGGAUGUAGCCCCAAGGAUUGGAUAUCUUAAACCAGCUUUGCUGCAUUCAAUCUUCUUCCCAGCACUGCAAGGCGCACAGACAAAAAUGAGUGCUAGUGACCCCAAUUCCUCCAUCUUCCUCACUGACACACCCAAGCAGAUCAAGACAAAGAUCAAUAAGCAUGCCUUCUCUGGAGGUAAAGAUACUAUUGAAGAACACAGGAAGUAUGGGGGUAACUGUGAGGUGGAUGUCUCUUAUAUGUAUCUCACCUUCUUCCUUGAAGAUGAUGACAAACUUGAAAAAAUGAAGCAGGCUUAUACAAGCGGAGCACUGCUCACAGGAGAGCUAAAGAAGGUGCUUAUUGAAACACUGCAGCCCUUGAUAGCAGCUCAUCAGCAGAGACGCAAACAGAUUACAGAUGAAAUGGUGAAACAAUUUAUGACUCCACGGAAAUUGGCAUUUGAUUUUUAAUGAUAUAGAUGUAAUUUAUCAAUAGAUAGGAACCAGACUGAAUUGUUUUCUGUUGUAUGUCAUCACUCCGUAAUUAUGUAAAGGUUGCAAUCAGUACUUUAUAAAUGUUACUUCUAAUAAGUUAUGUACAAUGUAUGAUCAGUGAGCGUUUGGAAGAAUUGUAAAGACAUUGUUCAUAUCUGUAUUUAAAAACCAAAACUCAUUAGGUCAGGUAUCAGUUUCAUUGUAACACAAAUUACAGAGCUGUCAGAGUCUUUGGUGAGCCAUGUUGCUUAGCAGAGGAUUCUAUUACAGUAUUUAAGUUGAAAGUCUUAAAAAAUAAUAAUAAAAUUUCUACUGUAAUGCCCAA